AUGGCAGCUUGGUCGAAGGGCAUGUACUGUAUGAAAGGACGUGGAAAUGAAAAUAAUAUGAACAAUAAUUUACCCGUCAAUCCUUUGGUAGAUUUGACAAAGAAGGAUUGGUGGUUUCAACAUUUUCAAGGGUGUGACAGAGAACCACCACCAGAUGGAGAUUACCUUGAAUUACCAGCAGGAGGCUCGUUCACAGUCGAAAUUGCUACUAAUCGUGCGUUUACAACUUUCGGUCACGAUAAAAAUUUCAACGGUUAUUUUGGCGGUCCACAAGAACUCGAAUAUACGCCUUGGGGCUGUGUUUCAUAUCCGAAUUUACACACACCAAAUCAAACUGCAGCUCCAGGAACAAUCUUUGCUAUUUCUUAUCAAAAUAGUAUCGAUAAAGUGACACCAGAAAACUUGGUCGUCUUUACCGUAAGAUACAAAACACCUUGGCAACGACUUACUUCUUACGAUGUGCCAAAAGAUUUACCACCAUGUCCUCCAGGUGGUUGUACGUGCGCUUGGGGAUGGGUUCCUAUGGGCUGUGGACAACCGAAUAUGUACAUGCAAGGUCAUAAAUGUAUAGUUACCGGUUCAACUUCGACAAAAAAGCUUGCUGUUGCUAAACCGCCUGUCUAUUGUGAAAAUAAUCCUUCAAGAUGUACAAAGGGAGCGAAACAGAUGAUUUUUCAUUUUCAAAAAGACGGUAAUAAUGUGUUCAACGUUCCGAAAAUGCCAACCUACAAUCAAGUAAUGGGCUUUUUCGAAGGCGCACAAAAUGAUAUCUUUGAAGAUUCGGAUUUAGGAUCAGUCAUUGGCUGA